ACAUUAGUGGCCGUGCAGGAUAAGUCAACUAAAAUCCCUACAAAAUUCUCCUUCCCUCUCUCUCCACAAAAUUACACAAAUUGCCACUGUAUCAGCUCAUUCAUGGCUACCCUCUCCCUCCAACCUCACUAUUCGCCUCUUCAAUUCCGUCGAUUCCGCCUCAGUAAUUUUCAUCUUAAAGUUGUUCCUAGAUUUUCCCGCCAAUUUUACGGGAAGAAAGUAAGGUUUUUGUCUACUUCGAGAGGAAAUGUGAUUGUUAGAGGAAGAGAUGGGGUGUUAUCAAUUUCUUGUUUCUCUAAAACGAAUGCUGAGAUUGAAAAGGUUUCAUCGGAAGAGAAAAAAGAUGAAGAGCGGCCACCGCUUGAUAUUAAUCUUGCGGUUAUUCUUGCUGGUUUCGCUUUCGAAGCUUAUACUAGUCCUCCUGAAAAUAUAGGGAGGCGUGAAAUUGAUGCUGCAGAUUGUAAGACUGUUUAUCUCUCAGAGUCGUUUGUACGAGAGAUAUAUGAUGGCCAGUUGUUUAUUAAGUUAAAAAAGGGUUUUGAUUUCCCUGCUAUGGAUCCAUGGGGAACUAGUGAUCCAUAUGUGGUAAUGCAAUUGGAUGGUCAGGUUGUCAAAAGCAAGACUAAAUGGGGGACAAAGGAGCCAAAAUGGAAUGAGGACCUCACCUUUAAUAUUAAACUGCCUCCUUUGAAAUAUAUUCAGGUUGCUGCUUGGGAUGCAAACCUUGUGACUCCGCAUAAGCGCAUGGGGAAUGCAGGCAUUAGUCUAGAAAGCCUCUGUGAUGAAUGUGUGCUUUUUCCAGGAAACUUGCAUGAGGUGCUGGUGGAGUUGGAAGGAAUGGGAGGUGGUGGCAAGUUGCAGCUUGAGGUUAAGUAUAAGAGUUUUGAUGAGAUUGAGAAAGAGAAAAUGUGGUGGAAAGUGCCCUUUGUUACAGAAUUUCUUCGGAGAAACGGAUUUGAGUCUGCUCUAAAAAUGUUUGUUGGCACUGAGACUGUGCCAGCACGCCAGUUUGUGGAAUAUGCCUUUGGGCAGUUAAAGUCAUUCAAUGAUGCAUAUUUUUUGAAGGAACGAUUGUUGAAUGGUAAUAAGAAUGGAGCAGAAGGUGUUGGGACUUCUAAUGAUUUUGCUGUGUCAGGGAUGUCUUUACAUGUGGAAAGUAGUUCAGAAACUUCUAUCAUCGACACAGGUACCAACAAUGAGAAUAAUUCAGAGAAGUUUCACUUGGAUAAUGUUGGCAUGGCUGAUGGGCAGAGCACUGAACCAGUGGCACAAGUUGGUGAAAUUAUGCAGUUCAAUAAGUACUUCUGGAAGAACUUUGCUGAUGUUAUCAAUCAAAAUGUUGUUCAUAAACUUGGAGUCCCUGUUCCAGAGAAAUUAAAGUGGGAUGGAUUUGACUUGUUAAACAAAAUUGGUCUACAGUCCCGAAAAAUUGCAGAAGCUAAAUAUAUCGAAUCUGGGCUUGCAACUCCAGAUAAUCAGGAUAUUGAAGGUGAUAAAGUGCUUGAAUCUGGGUUUGCGAAUCCUGAAGAUCAGGAAAAUAAGAAUGAUAAAGCGAUUGGACCACUUACCAUUAGCAGUAUACAAUCUUCACUUCCAGACAUAAAGAAGGCAACAGAGGAUGUAUUAAGGCAAACUGAUUCUGUUUUAGGAGCAUUAAUGGUGUUGACUGCAGCAGUUUCUCAGUCCAAAAGGGAAGGACAGGAGAAUGAAACUAAAGAAGACUCCUCUGCAGGAGUGGAAAACAAUGUCUCUAGGUACAGUGGUGGUGAGAAUGUCUCUAGCUCACUGGAUGGUUCGGUAUUAGAUGAGAAAAAAGCUGAAGAAAUGAAAGAACUCUUUGCAACUGCUGAAAGUGCCAUGGAAGCCUGGGCAAUGCUUGCCACUUCACUGGGCCAUCCAAGUUUUAUCAAAUCUGAAUUUGAGAAAAUAUGUUUUCUGGAUAAUGCAACAACAGAUACCCAGGUGGCAAUUUGGCGUGAUUCAGCAAGGAGGCAAUUAGUUAUUGCUUUUAGGGGGACUGAACAAGCAAGAUGGAAGGACUUACGGACAGAUUUAAUGCUUGUUCCUGCUGGGCUAAACCCUGAAAGGAUUGAUGGAGACUUCAAGCAAGAAGUCCAAGUUCAUAGUGGAUUUUUAAGUGCAUAUGAUUCAGUUAGGAUAAGGAUUAUCUCCCUCCUCAAAACAUCAAUCAGAUAUAUAGACGAAACCACAAAGCCGCUGCGUAGAUGGCAAGUUUAUGUGACUGGUCAUAGUUUGGGUGGUGCACUAGCUACCCUGCUUGCUCUUGAACUUUCAUCAAGUCAAUUAGCAAAGCAUGGGGCGAUUUCAGUGACUAUGUAUAACUUUGGUUCUCCUAGAGUAGGUAACAGAAGAUUUGCAGAAGUAUAUAAUGAGAAAGUUAAAGAUAGCUGGAGAAUUGUUAACCACAGAGACAUUAUACCAACAGUCCCCCGUUUGAUGGGUUAUUGCCAUGUUGCUCAGCCUGUUUAUCUUGCUGCUGGAGAAUUGAGAGAUGCUUUGGAAAAUAUGGAGCUCUGGAAAGAUGGUUAUCAGGGUGAUGUGAUUGGGGAGUACACACCAGAUGUUCUUGUCACAGAAUUUAUGAAAGGAGAAAGAGAACUCAUUGAACAGAUAUUGCAAACUGAAAUCAACAUAUUCCGUGCAAUUCGUGAUGGGAGUGCGCUUAUGCAGCAUAUGGAGGAUUUCUAUUACAUCACACUGCUAGAGAGUGUGAGAUCAAAUUACCAAACCGUUGCAAGCUCACGAAAUAAUGAACAAGGCAGCAUGUCAACCAGCUAAGAAAGAAACAGCUUCCCUUGGUAAAGGUAACAUAAGAAAGAUUGUCAGAAUAUUACAUCAGACUGUAGGGAAAUGUACAGUUUUUUCCCCUCAUAAUAUAUAUCUUGUACAGUGACUUUCAUAGGGCAAUAAUAUAAGUCGUCUCAAAUGUCAACUCCAGGUUUCUUGCU